AUGACCGAUCUCACCGCCUCAGUCGCCCAGGCCAGCGUCCCUGAAGCUCUAGAGAUCUUCUCGCUGAUCUUCGGCGGGUGCUGCUCGAAUGUCUGGGCACUCGAGGCGAUACUUAAGACACAUCCCGGCUCGGGAACCUUCUUGACCUUCAGCCAGUUCAUCUUUGUCACUCUGCAGAACCUCAGCAAGUUCACCGAAUGGCCACAGGACAAAACAGAAAGCGGAAAGGGGAAGGGAAAGAGCUGGUUGCCGAGGUUGAAGAAGAGGGAGGUGCCGAUAAGGCGGUGGCUGGGGCAGGUAGCCCUGUACCUUGGCAUUAGCUUAUUGAACAAUUACGCCUUUGGUCUGAAGAUACCAAUGACAGUUCACAUUAUCUUCCGCAGCGGCGGGCUCUGCGUCAGCAUGCUCACCUCGUACUUUGUAGCGGGAAAGCGAUACUCCCGAGCGCAGAUCCUUGCCGGGUUGAUGAUCACCGUCGGCAUCGUCCUCGCGACUCUGUCGGCGCCGUCCCGCCGCUCGGCUGCUGUGACCACAUCAGCCACAGCACCGACCUCAGAAAGAUCCUGGGCGCCCACAGAGUACGCUGCAGGGAUCGCAGUGCUCAUGCUCGCACUUCUGCUCUCGUCCCUGCUGGGCUUGUUCCAGGAGGAGACGUACAGGCGAUAUGGCAAAGCAUGGCAAGAGGGACUAUUCUACUCCCAUCUCCUGUCUAUCCCAUUCUUCCUCCCGUUCUAUCCCACCUUAAUCUCGACGUUCAAAUCCUAUGCCGUCUCUCCGCCAACUGCUCUCUUCACGCUCCCGACCAAGUCGCCCGCUGAGGUAGCGAUGUACUACCGGACCUCACCGACAUACAAGAUACAGCCGAGCUCGCCAAUGCCGGGAUACAAGGUGCAGAUCCCGUCGGCGUUGCUUGCCCUUGCUAUCAACGUUACUACGCAAGGGCUGUGCAUCCGCGGAGUCAACCGUCUCACAGCGAGAGUAAGCUCGACCACGGUAAAUCUCGUCCUCACAGUCCGGAAGGCCGUCUCGUUGGGAAUCAGCGUGUGGUACUACGGGAGCGGGCUCACUCCUGGUUUGGCAGCCGGAGGGACGAUGGUGCUGCGUAAGUCAAGGUUUCGUCUCGGAGCCAGACUCCGCGCUCAGCGCUCAUGUCUCAGUCGGAACGGUCCUUUAUUCCUUUGCCUCGGCCCAAUCGCAAACUUCCAGUCGCCUUGA